AAUUAAUAUCUUAGAGUUUCAUAAAGUUCAUAAAUAGACCGUAAAUAUUAAUCAGGGUGUGGUUAUGAUUAUGAGUGAAAUUUAAUUUUAAUAGAACUUAGAUAAUAAUUUGUAGUUUCUUAAUAUAUCAAUAGGUAUCUACCUAGAUCUUGCUCAUUUCAUUAUAUUAUUAUUGAACCUAAUAACUAUUCGAGGCGGAAAAGUAUAAAAUCGACGUUCUUUUUUAUUAUUGAUAUUUUUAUCUCUAGCUUCCCGUAUUAAAGUUUGAUAGCGAUUUUUAUUGAAUUUAUUAUUAUAUUUAUGAUCAUUAUAUCGGCAGUUGAUAUCUAGUUACGUCAUUUGUUAAGUAUUUAUUACAAUGUUUAUGGUAGUAGUUUUGGUUUGCUGAUGUUAAUGAACUAAUUAUGUUUCAAUCGCAGUGGAAUUUGUCUUAUCCAGUAAAACAAAAAUAAGUAAAUUCACAAUGACGCUCCCUACAGUAACCAUCGACGAGCUCUCUAAAGGAAUCCAAGACUAUUCCUCCAACAAGAGCAUAAACAAUGUCUUAGAAGGCAUCCUCAACGACUAUAUGGAUCUCCAAUAUGGCAAGCCAACUCCUUACACCACUGGAAAGCAAGUACUUCCAACUGGAGCUAGCAUAGAAGAUGUAAAGAAUGGAAUUGAUAGUGGUGACCUUGAAAAGAAAUAUAAAGAUUUAUUCGAAAAGAUUUCUGAAGUGCACCAAAGUGGGGAUUUGACUCCUCGAUCGGUAAAUGAUGGCUCUUGGGACGACAAGUAUAAACCAGUCCUUGUAUUAGUAACCCCUAACAAGUAGUUCUAAGAGAAUUUUAGUUAAGUAAUUGCUAAUAUUAGUAUAAUUUGUAAUUUAUAAACUAAUAAAAUUAAUUUUGACUGAA